GCAGAUGGGGAGAGAGAAGUAGAAGAAGAGGGAGAGGUAUUUCGAAAUAAAUAGGGUGGUGGGGAAGACUUAAUAGGGUUCUGAAUAAUUACUCUUUCUCACUAUAUAGAAGCACAGCAUCACGAAGAAGGCUCUAGAAACAACCUCCUCAAACGUAUAUUCCUCUUCCUAUAUAUACUUUUAUGCACGGAGAGAAAAAGCAGAGCUAGAUAAUGGUGAGGCCAAGGUGUUUUCUUGAUAUUAGUAUCGGAGGAGAGCUCGAAGGGAGGGUAGUGGUCGAGCUUUAUGAAGAUGUGGUGCCCAAAACGACCGAGAAUUUCAGGGCUCUUUGUACCGGAGAGAAGGGCAUUGGUCCCAUCACAGGUGUCCCACUCCACUACAAGGGAGUCCGUUUUCAUAGAGUUAUCAAGGGCUUUAUGGUUCAAUGUGGGGAUAUUUCAGCCGGAGAUGGUACUGGGGGAGAAUCUAUCUAUGGCUUGAAAUUCGAAGAUGAGAAUUUUGAACUGAAACAUGAAAGGAAAGGGAUGUUGUCAAUGGCUAAUUCCGGUCCAGACACAAAUGGCUCUCAAUUUUUCAUCACAACAACUCGCACAUCUCAUUUGGAUGGAAAACAUGUUGUAUUUGGGAAGGUAACUAAAGGAAUGGGGGUUGUUCGGUCAAUUGAGCACAUUACAAUUGGUGAGGGUGAUUGUCCAACUGCUGAGGCCAUCAUUGCAGACUGUGGAGAGAUUCCCGAGGGGGCAGAUGAUGGAAUAUGUAAUUUUUUCAAUGAUGGUGAUACAUAUCCCGACUGGCCCGCUGAUCUUGAUAAGAGUCCUAAUGACUUGUCUUGGUGGAUGACUGCUGUUGAAACAGUGAAGGCCUUUGGUAAUGACUCAUACAAGAAACAAGACUUUAAGAUGGCUCUUAAAAAGUACAGGAAGGCCUUGCGUUAUCUGGAUAUAUGUUGGGAGAAAGAUGGCAUUGAUGAAGGGAGGAGUUCGUCUUUGAGAAAGACAAAGUCACAGAUUUUUACAAACAGCUCUGCCUGUAAGCUGAAAUUAGGAGAUCUGAAAGGAGCACUGUUAGACACAGACUUUGCAAUGCGUGAUGGAGACAACAAUGUGAAAGCUUUGUUCCGCCAGGGUCAGGCAUACAUGGCCCUCAAUGACAUUGAUGCUGCAGUUGAAAGCUUCAAGAAGGCAAUAGAUUUGGAGCCAAAUGACGCUGGAAUAAAAAAAGAACUCGCUGUUGCUAAGAAGAAGAUUGCUGAUCGGCGCGAUCUGGAGAGAAAAGCAUACAGCAAAAUGUUUCAAUAGCAUUUCAGUUGGAAAACCGGCUGCCCACAAAUUCAGAGAAAGUAUCAGAUUUCAUGAACGUAUUCAUAGUGUUAGAGUCAAGUGGUUCAGGCUUUUUUAGUUACUACCUGACUUUCUGGAGGGAGAUUUAGGUUGUUUAAUUUGAAUGGAAAACUAGCCGCUUCCCCCACAGGAUAAAUAUUUAACUGUAAAAAAUCUGAGGCUUGAACCAAAUUUGAUAGGGUUCUAGUUCUUUUUUUGAUCAUCUCUUCAUGUGGGAAGUCUUUUCUAGCUUAGGUAAACUUAUGAACUUUUACUGGAUUAAUAUAAAUCAAGAAUUUUGUCAUGUUCCAUAUGGGAAAGGAUUUUGGGUAUAUAAUGUGAAAUUUUGAUUUUAUCUUGUC